GUAAUUUUGCUUCCAGAACGACAGAUGGCCAGCCUAGCAUCGCGUUUUGUAACUCGUACUUCGCCUUCCGGAAAUCCUAACAUUCCAUCAUUUAAACCGUGCUUCUGUCAUAAUUAUGUUUAUGUUUUAUUUUUUAAACAGUGAGUGUCUGCUGCUUUUUGUUUGGGUAACGACAUUUUCGUCCUUGCACGGACUUCUAACGCUUACGACAUUCAGGUCGGCUUUUUCGGAGCGCCUUCCAUAAACAGAUUAGUCGCACACGAUGGACGACCAGCAGAAUAGAUGCUCCCGUUUGGAAGUCCUCCUGGGAAUCGCUGAUUUUCGACCUCCCAGCGCUAUGGACGCCUAUUCUUUAAUUGGACAAGGAACCACCGGCAUCGGUGUCUUCAAAGCUAAAGCCAAAAGCAACGGACAGAAAUAUGCCGUGAAAAAAUUCCGUUUCCGUCGGGAAUUUCUAGCAGCCGCUGAAAAAGGCGAAAUGCUCUCGUACAACACCGUCGUCAAUUCCAUACAGGAAUUUAAGAAUAUUCGCGACUUCCGACACUUGAACCUGGUCAAAUAUUUGUGGGUGUACGUAUUAUUUGACCGGAAACCACAAGAACACCAUUUGUGUGUUGUUAUGGAGCGUUGUUAUGGCCCGACAUUAGAUGCCGAUCUGCGGAAGCAUUACGCCCGCCGCAGCACCGGAUACGCUGAAGCAGAAAUUCGCCGGCACUUUACCAGCGUCGCACUGGGUCUGCACUAUCUACACGAACAGCGCAUCGUCCACCGGGACCUGCGUCCAGAGAACUUAAUCUUCGCGGAGACCACCAAGCAAACUCUGAAGGUCACUGACUACAGUACUGUAGUCAAACUGCAGGAGAGCGUGACGAUGACCAACGAAGUGGCUGGCGGGGCUGGUCCGCCAUGGACCUUCAAAGCGCCGGAACUGGUGGAUGCGGUGAAAUUCGGGCAAGCUGGACGACGUAGUGAUGUGUGGAGUCUAGGGUGUAUUCUGGUUUUAAUGUUGCAAGGGACACCGCCCAUUUUUCGUUACAAUGCCGGUCGGAAAGUAAUCAGCGCCGUGUCGCCAGACGAAGUGCGGACGGCUCUUUCACAGGGCGUAGUGCCUUUAAUGGACGGGGAUUUCGGUCGCAGACCACGUUAUGGCGUCGAGACGCGUUUUUUGAACUCGGCGAAAGCUGUUUUGAAGAAAUGUCUCGUACCGCAUAAGGACCAACGACCUUAUAUGAAUUCUGUACGAGAUUAUGAGUUUUUCAAUUAUGUUGCUCCCUGAAUUGGUAGUCGUUUUAAAAUACUGAUUGUCAGUGGGGUGUUGGAAUAAUUAAAAAUGCAC